AGUCCAUCAUCAGCUUUCAGUUUCGAAAAACAAAAACAAGGAUCUAUAGAGCUUAAAAGAUCAGAGAAAAACAAAAAAGAUGCGAGCUUUACUGCAACUUAGCAAGAGACUCUCUCGCACUUUUGUCUUCUCUUCCUCCUCCUACUCCUCUCUUACUUCUUCUAGAACUUUCGCUACACUCACUCUAUUCUCACCUGACUGCCACGGUGCUGCCAUCACCACCAACGGCAAUGUUUACGCCAGGCCUUGGUUCGCAAUCCAACACCGCGGCGUUAAAGUCAAUGCUAUUCAUUUAAGACCUGGAAAUGUAAUUGAAAAAUCAGGAAGAAUUUUCGAGGUGGUGGAUGCGGAGCAUAAACAGCGAGGAAGAGGAGGAGCGAUUUUGACGUUGGAGCUUCGAGAUGUUGACAGUGGAAACAAGCAAACCUUUCGCUUUGGUGCAGAGGAGGCUGUUGAAAGGGUUUUUGUUGAGGAGAGGUCUUUCACAUGUUUGUACACAGAACAUGAAUCAGUAUAUCUAAUGGACCUUGAGAAAUUUGAGCAACUUGAAGUGCCGCUGAUCUUGUUUGGCCAAGCUGCUGCAUAUCUAAAAGAGGAAAUGAAAGUUAAAAUGCAGUUAUUUGAUGGAAGACCUUUGUCUGGAUCAAUUCCAAAACAAGUAACAUGUGUUAUUAAGGAGACACAAGAUCAUGCAGCUACACCUCGGUACAAAAAGGCUGUGCUGGACAAUGGUCUCAUUGUUCAAGUGCCUACAUACAUUGAGACUGGAGAAGCAGUUGUUGUCAAUACUGAAGAUGGCUCGUUUGUUACCAGGGCCAACAGAUAACCUUAGCCCACGGCUACUUUCCGGAGGGGAAAAUUGAAAAUACAAAAUCUUUUAUUUCGCAUUGGAGCCAGGCACUGCAGCUUACUGCAUACCGUUCUGCUUGGUUCUUUUCUAUCAAUGCAUGCUUUUUUUGGUACUUUUCACUAGAUCUUAAAGUACGAGGGUCUCUUUAGAAAUUAUGAGGCAUAUGGUAUUCUUUUCAACUUCUUUCCUAAACAAGAGGAUAUGUUUUGCAUGCAGAAUUGGAAAAUGUAGGGCUAGCUUUUAGAGCCGUCGAAACCUACCAUCAGUCUAGAAAUUUUGUCAACAAGAGUACUUCAACAUUGUAUUGAAGCAUUUUCCUUUCAAUGUCAGACCUAAUCUCCAAAAUUCUUGAACA